AUGAAAGCAUUCACUCUUUCUGGUCUGAGCACCCUUCUCGCUGGCUUGACGUUGGCGCAUCCAGUGACCAAACGUGGAAGCGGCUUCUCAGAGGUUGAUAUCACCAUCUUGCAAUUUGCUUUGACACUCGAGCAUCUCGAAAACACCUUCUACAAAGAAGCUUUCAGCAGCUUCCAGCUGCAGGACUUCAUCGAUGCCGGAUUUGACGAGGAAUUUUUCAUCAACCUUGAAUUCAUCGCCUCGGACGAAUCUGCGCAUGUGGAAUUUCUCAUUGCAGCCAUAGAAUCUGCUGGCGUUCAACCGGUCCAGCCUUGCCAAUAUAGCUUCCCUGUGACAGACGUUGCCAGCUUCGUCACCGUCAGCGCUAUCUUGGAGUCUGUUGGAACCAGUGCUUAUCUCGGUGCCGCACCGUUCAUUGGAUCACAAGACAUCCUCGCCGUGGCUGCGAGUAUUAUGGCCACGGAAGCGUUGCAUACCAGUUUCCAGAGGAGCUCGCUCGGCGCAGUUGCAGCAGCCAAUGCAUUUACCACGUCCCUCGAUGCCAACUCGGUUUUCACCAUUGCCUCGCAAUUUAUCGUCUCAUGCCCUCCAGAGAACCCACCCUUGCCAUUUACCGCGUUCCCUGGCUUGAAAGUCAACUCUCAAUCCUGCUUUGAUGAGACCGGUAGCAGUGAGAGUUUCUCCACUGAUUCCGUCAACUAUGCUACCAUUGUCUCCGACAUCGAAAGCGCCACGUAUACUACCAGCGCGUAUAUCGCUGAUGUGACAGACUCGACUACUUCAGAGGCCUAUGACUACAGCUCGUCCACCACUGAUGCCUAUACCACUACCACUGACUCGACUACUACAGUGGCCUAUGACUACAGCUCGUCCACCAGUGAUGCUUAUACCACUACCACUGACUCGACUACUUCAGAGGCUUAUGAUUACGCCUCGACCACGACCGUAGCUUACACCACUACCACCGACUCGGCUGCAUAUACUACAUCGACCACCACCAUGGAUAUGGCCUCAAUGACCAUGACCAUGUCUAUGUCUACAUCGAUGCCCGCUUAUGGACGGCGAAGCACUGCCCUCUCGGCCCGCACAAACAGUGGCUCAGUUUCAUCUUGCUCCGCUCCCGGUGCCGGCUCCUCUCUUCAACUCGUCCCCGACUUUUCUCAGUCCCACCGUGACUUCUCCGAAACGGAAGUCAUCUUCGUGACGUUCAUCGCAGGACUCGAGGUCGUGUCCAUACAGGCCGUCUUUGAAGGAGACGGAAGUAUCAACGUGAGCAUCCCAGGAAGUGUUGGUGGUGGCCAAGUCUUCAUCUUCAUCACCGUUGUGGACAUUUCGGGUCGAAGCUUGAGUGACAAUGAGGUGCUCUUUGGGCCCGCCAUUAUGGAGAUCGCCCCAUCUUUCCCUUCUCUCAGCCAGUAA